AUGUGGUGUGGCUUGAGACAAACACCAGUUAAAGCCCUUGCAGUACUGGACAUGUUCAAUGGAAACAUGCCGAUGGGCAGAGGCUGCUGCUACGCCCAAGCCCUCAAGAAGGAUCUCCCCAUCCAACCUUACGUGGACCAUAAACCCUCUGUCAGCAUUUUCAACCAGGCAGAACAGGAAGAAAAACCCAGAGGAGGGUACAGACCAGAGUGGUAUAAUAAGGCCAGGUGCACCCCUCAAGUCGUCAUAGAUCAGUAUCUGCAAGGAGAGACUCAUCCUGUGAGCGUCCUCCAUGAACUUUCACAGAUGCUUCAGUUUCAGUUGGCGUUUAAGGAGACUGGAGGCACUGAAAACAUCCCAGGCUUCUACUUUGCAUUUUGCGCAAUUAUUGAUGGAGUCGAGCACAAAGCAGGCGUUGGGAUCACUAAGAAGGACGCAAAGAAGAAUGCAGCAAAGUUGGCGUUGGAUGAUCUGCUGCCCACUUUGGGGAACUAUACCUCGGCUCUUCCAGACAAAACGGAUGCUCCUCCACCGUUGCCUGUGAAUGAGGAACCAUCCAACUCACAGGUUUCCCAUCGAACGAAUCGUGAAAGAAGAAAUCCUACCGCCAACCUGCAGAUCCCUCAUGCUGUCAGAGAUCAGCUGGCGAAACUGAUGAACAACCAUCCAGAGUUCUCCAACUGUGCUGGAACCACUGCAGCGUUUGUCAUUCAGACUGUCAGUGGAAGUGAAGUGGUUGCACUUGGCACAGGAAACUACAGCACACGAGACAACACCUCCAAUGGAAGAGUAGUGCACGAUUCUCAUGCAGUGGUGACUGCACGGAGGUCGUUCAUGAGGUACUUGUACCGGCACCUCCUCAUGUUCUACAGUAAGACGGCCCACCUGACAGAGAAGUCCAUCUUCCAGAUGAACAGCAGCAGUGGUCUUUUGUCCUUGAAAAGUGGCAUCACUCUCCAUCUCUACAUGAACCAGCUGCCGAAAGGCUCGGCUCAGAUUCCUGCUAAUCUACGCCUGAAUCCUCGCUCCAUCUCCACGUUGCAAGAUAAUAAUGAGAUAAGCUUACAUCUGUCUGUAGAAGAAAAGGUGUUUUCUGUGUUCUCCGCCACUGAGCAAAUCACUUCCAAGAUGGUUAGCAUGUCGGCUACAGACAAAAUCACUCAGUGGCAGGUGUUGGGAUACCAGGGCGCCCUGCUCAGUCACUUCAUCGAGCCGGUCUAUGUUCAAACCAUCCUUAUCGGAGAUUCUGGGUGCAAAGAUACUCGAGGCAUGGAGAUCUCUGUGAGCCAGAGGGUGGAGGGCAUCACUCCACAGCUGCCCAUAUACUACUGUCUGGAGAGGCCCCACAUCAGGCUGGUUCCUUUUGUUGCCACCUGUGGGACUGAUGGAGGGCAUCUGGUGAACUGCAUCAACUGGAGCGAAGGGGACAGCUCUCUGGAGGUCGUCGACGGCCUGGAGGGGAAGACCAUUGAAGAAUCCCCUUUCAAAAGUGGCUUCGCUCUGGCCAGCCGUCUGUGCAAAGCUGCGAUGUUCCACCGCUUCAAGCUGGUGGCCAAAGAGGCGCAGAAGCAGAACCUGCUCUCGAUGAGCUCCUACAGAGAAGCAAAGACGAUGGCUGAACCGUACCAGAAGGCCAAGACUGUUUUGAAGGAGUACUUGUCCCAGCAGGGGUUUGGCUCCUGGUUGGCUAAAUGCUCCAUCAGUGACAACUUCAGCAUGUGA